UAGAAAUUUCGAAUAAAAUAGACGAUAUUGUUAAAUAUGAAUCCAGUUUUGUAUAAAGUUAGCAUUUUAUUGAUCUUAUACAGGCUAUGUGUACUACAUGUAUUAGAUGUUCAUGCAGUGGUAAAGCUGUUUAACAAACGCAAUGACAAAAUGAAUAUACAAAUGCAGAGCGAAGCCAUAAUAUCUGGCUCGCGAGCGGCUCUAGGUCAAUUUCCUUGGCAUGUUAUUUUAAGAAGAGAUGAAGAGGAUACAUUAUUAUGUGGCGGUUCUAUAAUUUCCAAUAAAUGGGUUUUGACAGCUAGUCAUUGUAUUUACAACCUGAGCUCCGUUUUACUUACAUUUGGUACAAUAGAUCUAUUCAAUUAUGAAAAUAAUAUGACCUCUACAAAACUUUAUACCUAUCCUGAUUUCGAUGCAGAAAACAUAAUAAAUGAUAUUUCACUUAUUGAACUACCAACACCUUUAAACUUUACCAAAAAUAUAAAAUCUAUUGGGCUGGUAUCUUCGAUAGAGGCUUCCAAUGAUUUUGUGGGUGCUGAAGGUAUUAUUAUUGGUUUCGGUCAAACAGCCAAUAUAGCUGAAGAUAGUUCUGAUGUAUUAUUAUGGGCUAAUGUAGAAAUUAUUAAUAUUACUACCUGUGCAAAGGCUUAUGAAGAGGAAAGUAUAGAGGAUACAGUAAUGUGUGGAAUUGGUUAUAAUAAUAAUGCCGACAUAUCUCCCUGUGAUGGUGAUUCAGGUGGAGCUUUAGUUUGGAAGAAUAAAUAUAAUAAUUAUGUUCAGAUUGGCAUAAUUUCAUUUACAGUUAAAAACAAGUGUUCGGAAUAUCCUACGGGUUAUACUAAAAUAACUUCGUAUUUAAAUUAUAUCAACAAUAUUACUGGUUUAAAUUUUGAUUAAUUUGAUUUAAGAAAAAUAAUAAAAGAAAUUUUUUUCAAAU